UGGAUAAACUCAGGAUAGCAGGGCCGUCUGCAUCAGUAAGUGACACCAGCAAGGUUGUUGCAUUGUCAGUGUUUCUAUGGCAACAACAACAUUCAAAACAAAUUGCUGCCCUACACGAACAGGCGGUGCUGAUGCGGGGUCAACCUCAAAGUGGGUAACCAGCUUAAUCAUUUCUUAUUGUGGGUCGUCAACCGUUAACCGCAGCGAUGCCAAAUAAAAAGGGGAAUAAAGGAAAAGGCAGCGACGCGAAGGAAGGCAAACAAGAGCCCAAGGCCGACAAAGAGUCGGAUGUGGAGAGGGCGAAGGCCAACGCUGCCCUGUGGAGGCUGAGGUUGGACGUCGCAGAACAGUCGCUCGAUGAGUACCGCGCCUCCACAGGCACGCUGGCCGCGGCCAACCAGGCCCUCACCAACCAAGUGUACCGCUCAGAGAAGGACAUGAUGGACAUCAUGGCCCACCUUAAGAGAAAGGACGCCGAGACAGACGCAAAGAUAGAGAGUUUGGAGGAGCAACUCAAAAGUGAAAAUGCGCAUGCGCGUGAAGAACGGGAGAAUCUGGUCGCCGAGCACACUCUUCAAAACGAAGAGCUCGAGCAAAGAUUCGGGGAGAGGGCCAAGGACUUUGACACGAUCCAGGCGGGGCUGAAGAAGAUCGAGGAGUUCCGCAAGACGAAGGCCAAGAUGGAGCUGGAGCUGAGACGCAUGAGAGAAGGCAUGUUGCUCGCCGAGAGAAAACACCUAGAGAACCUGGGCAGAGUGGAGACCAAAUUCUACACCCAAAAGCUGCGCCUUGAGAAGGAGGCUGAGCAGAGGCUGGCCCACCUGAGUGAGCUAGCCCACGAUGAGGCCGUGCUGAAGCUAGACGACGCCUCCCGCUCGGUGUUCAAGGAGAACGUCCGUCUGAACGAGGCCUUGAACUACCACAUCAAGGAGGUAGAGGACCUGAGGAAAAAGGCUGCCACCUCACAAGCCACGAUGCUCAGGGACAAGUAUACCGAUGUGCGGAUGACCCAGACGAACGCGGCCCAGAUGAAGGCCUACAGGAAGGAGAUCGCCGACCUCCGGGCCAAGCUGGACUACUCGGAGAAGGCCCAGGCGCUGCUGGUGGGGCAGCUGCUGCAGGAGAGGGGGCUCCGCGAGGUUGACAGCCGGGCCAGGUCUGAGGACCUGCACAGGUUCCAGAAGUUGUUGGCCAAGCGGGGCAGAGAGACGGCCCGAGGCAAGCGGAAGGUCGCCGAGACGGAGCUGCAGCGUUUUUUCCAUGCCGCACUCUCUCAGGUGAGGCAGGAGAUCCAGGCCAGCAGGCUGGUGUACAAGAAGCAGGCGUCGACGGCCUACCAGGGCAGCCUGAGGGAAGCCCUGGCGGGUAGGAAGCAGCACCCCCUCGUCCGCACCUUCAACAAGAACCCCCACAGCACCAACUCGGUCUACGCGGACAUGGAAGAGGCUCAGAAGUGGACUGAGACGCAGGGACAGAACGAACAAGUGGACGUCAGAGACCUCACUUGGGAGCAAAAGGAGAAAGUGCUGAUGCUGCUCUUUGCGAAGAUGAACGGACCAAAAACGAGGAAGCAAUGCCGGAAGGAGGCUCCUGACACGUCCAGGGAGCAGAGCGGGAGGGACAGCGCGGACGCCCUGAGGAUGACCCAGAGGACCUUCAUGACCCUGAUGCCCGAGAACAGCCUCCCUGACAUCCACAAGUGACCCAGGUCUUGGCCUGGCUGUCCCCCCUCCCCCCACACACACUACUGUCGGCUGCUGCUGGGUGGAUGGGAAUAAAGAAUAUCCUAAGCAUUAGGACAGGGAUGUUUAUUUUCCCAAACAAACAUUGGUCAACAUUUUAUGAAAUCCACUUCUAUCCACCUUUGUUCAUUCACUUUAGGCAUGGUUUUCAUUCUGAUUCCGAUGUUAUUAGUAUAUUUUGUAGAUAAGACGGGGAACACACACACGACAAUCAGUAGAAAAUCUUCACAGAAGGGAAAUAAUUAUAAAAAUAUUAAAAAAAAAAUCUGAAUAUCAUCAAGGGGAAAUGCUUUAAUAUCGUGUCUUCGGCACACAUUUUUACGUUUUCUAUCGUGUGAGAUAAGGGAAUUAUUAGUAAUUUUCACAUUUGAAUUCACAAGACACCAGACAGGCUCACUGCUAGCCAUUUAUCGCCCCAUGGUUGGCAUGGUAACUGCAGGACUCUUUAGUGUGGCGUCUUCAGCCUUCCACUGCGAGGUGACAGUCUUGAUUUGUGUGUAGAAUUGAAUUCCCUGUAAAGGAGAAAGCGGAGCAUAUGAAUCCUUUACAGCUGCAACUUUGGAAUUCUUAUUUUUAUUUUCCUCCUUAUAUGAACAUAUAUGCAUGUGAGGUAGCCUAUAAAUGAUAUUGUGUAUUAAGCCUUCAAUACCUCUGAUUACAUCAGGAUACUAUAUACCAAUCUACCAGCCAUCAUAAAAGACUUGGCAGCAAUGACACUAAAUGUGUAGUCAUUAAAAAGGGACUUCUCGGAACAGUCACUCACUUGUUUUCCAUAGAAGUUAGUGUCCCCUCGGAAAGAUCCUCUUGACCCAGUGAACGAAAACAUUGGCAGCGGAACCGGGAUGGGAACAUUCACUCCAACCUGCAGAUCACCACACCACACAGCACAUCAACACACGUGUUGAUUACAGGUAAGAAGAGACGCGCAGUCGUCCCUGCUUAUUAAAACCCAAAACA